GUGUGCAAUUCUGCAGCACAGAAAAAACAGGUUUAUAAAGUGUGUGUGUGUGCGUGUGUGUCUCCUCUCAGGCUGCGGAGAGCAUCUGAUUCGCACCAUGCUGGCGAGGGAGUGCUCCGCUGCCAUGCAGUCUGAGGAUGCCCACCAUGCACUUCUGGAGGCUAUGCAAAACAAGUUCAUCAGCUCGCCCUUUCUGGCCAGUGAAGAUCGCGCUCUGGGUGGAGUCAUCGUCCUGCGCUGCUGCAGAUGUGCGGAAGCGCCGCCUUCUCAAAAUAUUCAGGGUAUACUGGUGGAGUUCCUUUGGAGUCACACCACAGAGAGCAUGUGUGUCGGUUACAUGUCGGCCCAAGACAGCAAAGCAAAGACACACAUUUCCAGAUUACCCCCCGGGACCGUUCCUGGACAGUGUCUGGCCAUCGAGGGAGGUGUGUGUCGACUGAUGAGCGUGGCUGAGUGAGCGGCGUUCUUCCUCCUUGUGGGCUUCUUCAGCAAUACGCCAGUACAAACACCUCCCUCCUCUACACACACACACACACACACACACACACACACACACACACACACACACACACAUCCCUCGCCUCCACAAUACUAUUUGAUGCCAGAAGUAAUAAGCUUUAGCUGUUUCAACAGGGGUCCAGGAAGGAGUUGGGGGUGUUAUCUUCUACUUAGUGCACUUACAGGACUUCCCUUUGCCACAGUCUGCCUCCAGC